GGUUUUUCUUCUUUUAUCCAGAAUAGAUAGAAUAGAAUUCAAGAAGUAAAACUCAUAAAAUGGAAGGAGGUGUGGUAAAGCCAAAUCAAACCGAGUUUACAGAGUGCUUUAAGACUAUUUGGCGUACACCAUAUAUAAUGUUGCUUGCGCUUAGUGCUGGAAUUGGAGGUCUACUAUUUGGUUAUGAUACUGGGGUUAUUUCCGGGGCCUCUCUAUAUAUUCGAGACGAUUUUCAGUAUGUUGAGAGACACACUUGGUUGCAAGAAACUAUCGUUAGCACAGCUGUGGCUGGAGCUAUCGUUGGUGCGGCAUUUGGUGGAUGGAUGAAUGAUAGAUUUGGGAGAAAAAAGUCAAUAAUGUAUGCAGACUUUCUGUUCUUGCUUGGGUCAUUAAUCAUGGCUCUAGCUCCAAACCCGUGGGUCAUAAUAGUUGGAAGACUUUUUGUUGGUUUGGGUGUUGGAAUAGUCUCCAUGACAUCACCGUUAUAUAUCUCUGAAGCUUCUCCGGCUCGAAUCAGAGGUGCACUUGUUAGCACUAAUGGUUUACUGCUUACUCUCGGACAGUUCUUAUCAUACCUCAUCAAUUUAGCAUUUGCUAAGACACCUGGAAAUUGGCGGUGGAUGCUUGGAGUUGCUGGAGUUCCACCCUUGGUGCAAUUCAUUUUGAUGUGCUUUCUUCCCGAGUCUCCUAGAUGGCUGUAUCGCCAGGAUAAGAAAAGGGAGGCUAGGGAGAUCCUGGAAAAGAUUUAUCCAUCUAACGAAGUAGAUGAAGAAAUGAAGGCCUUGCAAUCAUCUGUAAAAACCGAAAAAGAAAUUGAAGAACCCAUGGGAGAUAGUGUUUUUUCAAAGGUGAAGAGUGCAUGGAGUAACAAGGUUGUCAGAAGAGGCCUAUAUGCCGGCAUCACUGUUCAAGUUGCACAACAAUUCGUUGGAAUAAACACUGUCAUGUACUACAGUCCCACUAUUGUGCAACUUGCAGGAUUUUCCUCAAACAGAACAGCCUUAGCGUUAUCGUUAGUUACUACUGGACUUAAUACAGUUGGUACCUUUUUAAGUAUGUUGUGUGUUGAUAGGUUUGGAAGGAGACGGUUGAUGAUCGUUUCAAUGCUUGGAAUCAUUACUUGCCUCGUUGCUUUAUCUAUAAUGUUUUUUCAAGCUUCUGUUCAUGCCCCUCAAGUUAGUCUAGUGGAGUCGGGUCAUUUUGGGGUUAACAUGACAUGUUCAGAUUUUAAAACAUCCCCAGAUCACGCAUCUUGGAACUGCAUGACUUGCCUUAGAGCUCCCUCUAACUGUGCUUUUUGCGCCAAUAGAGAUAAUAUAUAUAAUCCCGGGGCAUGUUUGUCUGUGGACAAAGUCACACGAGGCACAUGUAAAGCACAACAUCGUACAUGGUACACCUAUGGUUGCCCAAGCAAGUUUGGGAUUUUCACAGUUUUAUUCCUUGGGUUAUACAUUUUAUCUUACGCUCCCGGAAUAGGAAGUGUGCCUUGGAUCGUGAACUCUGAGAUAUACCCAUUACGAUACAGAGGCACAGGUGGUGGAAUUGCAGCAGUUUCAAACUGGGUUUCAAAUCUCAUUAUAAGUGAAACGUUCCUAACACUAACAGAAGUGUUAGGUUCUGCUGGAACGUUUCUUCUCUUUGCAGGGUUCUCGACUCUAGGACUUGUUGCAAUAUUUUUCCUUGUUCCGGAAACUAAAGGGUUGCAAUUUGAGGAGGUUGAACAGAUGCUAGAAAAAGGAUAUCGACCAACGUUUUGUUGCAGCAAAAAUGACGAUUCUAAAUCUGAUUUUUAGGUUUGGAUUUUGGUUUAAUUAAGGACCUUAUGUUUAGUUCAUAGGGUUUUAUUACUAUGUUUCAUUAGUUUAAGUUACAUUUCAAUGAGGUUUAACAAAACAUUGUUUGA